UAUCGCCUGUAUAAAACCCAGUUCCCAACGCCACCACAGCCCCACGCCUCUCACCACUCUCCCACCGCCACCGCCACCUCCUCGCCGGCGACAAUGUCGGUGCACAUCGCGGCCGUGGCGGUUCUCAUCGCGCUCCUCGCCCCCGCCCGAGCCUCGGACGUCUCCUCCUUCCCGCUCACGCAGACGCAGUCCCCGGCCAACGCCUCCGCGGCGCCCUCCUCCCCGCCCUGCCGCCUCGACCUCUCCGCGGAGCUCUUCGGCGGCGUGGCCGCGGCGUGCGGGGCCGGCGGCGGGCCGGGCUCCCUCGACCGCGGCCGCUGCUGCCCCGUCCUCGCGGCCUGGCUCUUCGCGGCGCACGCGCGCACGGCGCUGUCCGUCCCGGCGCCGGCGCCGGCGCUGGCGGGCGAGGGCCUGGACGGGGGCGAGGGCCCCAUGGUCCCGUACGACAACCAGCGGUGCGUGGACGCGCUGGGCACCGCGCUGGAGAAGCGCGGGGUGGCGCUGCAGCGGCCCAACGCGACGUGCGACACGGUGAUCUGCUUCUGCGGCAUCCGGCUCCACCAGAUCGGCUCGCUCCGCUGCCCGGCCGCGUUCGCCGUCGGCGCCGCCGCCAGGAACGCCACGCCCACCGCCGCGGUCAAGGACCUGGAGAAGAGCUGCCGCAACGCGUCCUACGCCGGCUGCUCCCGCUGCGUCCAGUCCCUUCAAAAGGUGAAGGGGAACGUGAGCCGGGAGGUCGCCGGCGGCGACCGCGCCCGGCGGAUGCUGGGGCUGGACUGCCAGCUGAUGGGCCUGACGUGGCUGCUGGCCAAGAACAAGACGGUGUACAUCCCCACCGUGUCCGCCGUGCUGCGCGCCAUGCUCUACACCGCGCACCCCACCGAGUCCGGCAGCCACUCCAAGGUUAGCGGCGGCAGCGGCGGGGCGCCGCCGCGGUGCAGCCCGGACCAGGAGAACAUGCCGCUGGCCGUGGACUCGCUGCAGUUCGAGCACGCCGGCAGCACGAGCUCGGCCGCCGCCCUGCUCCGCGGCUCCCUCCUCUGGCUGGCGCUCUACUGCUUCCUCUGGGACGCGUUCUUGUAAACAGGGCAUGCAGUGUGGAUUAAGCUAAGCUUGUUGAUAGAGUAGUACUAUUUUGUAGGAGCUGGUUGGUUGGUGUUAGGGAUUAGCUUCCUUUUUGGCUUGCACAGUGUUGCAGAUCGAAUUAGCGGAUUGCACCGGUGGGUCUCUAGUAUCCCCACCCCGUGCUUCUAUCCUUGGUUUAUUACCCUGCUAUUUUGGUGAA